GCUCUUCCUCUCUCUACAGUCCUCCUUCUUUUUCUCACACAUGUCUAUGUCUUAUUACAUGAAAUUUACCAAAAUUCUGUCACUUGGCAAUUCCGAGUGGCUAGCCCAGAAUGGAUAUCUGGACAAGAUAUGGUAUUUGAAAGUCCACAUCCUCAGUUAAACAGUCGCUCUAGGAAGACACUCAGUAUUGCUGCCGUGACCCGUUCUUCAACGAAAACUUCUGUCGUCAAAGACAAUUCCAUUCCAGUCGCUGAUUUUUACGCUGAAUCGAUAUUUUCGCCACCGGGUGUCAAAACCCGACAACGCCGUCAAUCAAUGUAUGUGCAAAAGCAAGUCCCAAAUGUCUCGUUUUCAGUUACGAAACAGGACGUGACGUUCUCCGAAACAAGCUCGUUGACUUCUUCCAAGGUGACCAACGUCUCGAGUCGCACCAUAACAACCGUCCAGCAGACAAAGUCAUCUUCGCAGAUGUCUGCUCUGGUUGGCAGUGACCAGGCGGUCGAAGGACUGGCAGGCGAGAAGGAGACAAUCAGUGAAGAAAUCAGCAACAUCAUUAAUAACCUUCGCGACUCAAAUCGCAAGCGCAAGUCUGAUGUGCAGUCACUGGAGACUUCUGACGUCAAAGAAAAAGUGCCAAAACCUUCAAAGACACUGGAAGAAGAGAAAUUGUCUCUGGUUAGGAGUUUGUCGUUGAAGGAGAGGUCCAAAGAGAAUGUUUCGACAGCGGGAAGCGAAGACAUAACCAAAUUAGUUACUGUGGAUAUCGUUUCCGAAGAACUGGAAGCCGCUGCAGUAGAAGAAGAAGAGGUUCCGCCCGAUAUACAAGAUAAUUCCAGUAAAGCUAAGAAAAGCACACCACAGAAGAAGAAGCCUGGAAGAAAAAGCAAGUCUCCCGCUGCUAAAACAAAGACAACCAGGACACGGAAGACAAGUACUUCGAAGGCCAAAAACCAAGAAACCGAUUCUGAAGAAGUAGCAACGGUUGAAGUGGUUGUAGAUAGCAGCAGUACUACACCUGCAAGAAAGAAAAGGGGCGCGACGCCAGUAAAAGCAAAAGCGAGCAGUAAAGGGGCAAAGAGAAGUACCACUCCUAAAAGACAAGCAAGUGCACCAAGCAAGGAAUUGGUUGUAGAAGCCAUUGCUCCAGUCAAGAAAGAAAGGAGAUCACGAUCAGUGGGGCCGAAGAGUAAAAGAAAAGUAGAUGAGGUGCCGGCAGACAAAGCAGACGAGGGUGCCGCUUCGGUUGAAACGAAAGAAACAUCUAAAAAGGGCUCCCGUUCACGUAAAAGUACUCCUCAAGCUGAAGGGUCUCAAAAAUCUUCUGUAAAAGGCUCACGUAAGAAAUCGACUUCAAGGAAAUCAACUCCAGUGAGAAAGGCAACCCCUACGAAAAAGCGUACUCCGAGAAAGGCUACUCCGUCUAGAGAACGAAAGGCUACUCCCACAAGAAAGGCCACCCCCACGAGGAAGGCCACUCCCACAAAGAGUGCCACACCCACAAGAAAGACUGCUCCUGCUAAGAAAGCCACUGCAUCUAGGGAAGCAACUCCUGCCAGAAAAGCCGAUACUCCUGUCAGAGAGGUUACUCCUGCUAGAAAAUCUGCCACUCCACCCCGAGAAAGUACUCCUGCUAGAAAAUCUGCCACUCCACCCCGAGAAAGUACUCCUGCAAGAAAGGCCACUCCUUCUAGAGAAGCAACUCCUGCUAGAAAGGGUACUCCUGCUAGAGAAGCAACUCCUGCUAGAAAGGCUACUGCUACUAGAAAGGGUACUCCUGCUAGAAAGGGUACUGAUACUAGAAAGGGUACUCCUGCUAGAAAGGGUACUCCUACUAGAAAGGCCACACCUUCUCGAGAAACAAGCGUCGCGAGAAAAUCGUCUCCAAAGAAGGUCACCCCUUCUAGGGAAGCUACACCUGCACGAAAGAGUACUGCUAGGAAAGCAACACCUUCCCGAGAAACUGCUUCUAGAAAGGCAACUGCUAAAAAGGGUAGUCCCAUUAGGCAGUCAACACCUUCGAGAAAAAGUACCCCUGUUAGACAGUCAACACCUUCUAGGAGAGGAUCUCCGGUCAAAGAGAAGACAUUGCAACAGAAAUCUAGUGGGAAGAAGUCACAGAAAACAUCACGGUCUCGAAGCAAAACAAAGAGAGUCCACAAGCGUGCUUCUUCAAAGAAAGCCGGUAAGAAGAAAACAGUGCUGGCCACGCAGGAAAAAGAAUCCUUGGCUACUGUUGGGGCUGAUGAAAAAGCAGCAGCACCACCCCCACAAAAGACAACCACCAGUAGUAGCUCUUCUAUGUCUACAAUAAUCACAGGUCUCUUUAAGCAUUUCGCCCCAAGCCAGAAAAAGGCAAAAGUAGUUGAGUCCACCACCACAACAACGACAGUUGGUGGUUCCGUGGCUGCCGAGUCUGAAGUUAAUACAGGGGAAGAGCCGAAAAGAAAGAUACCAGAGGCAAGAAAACGUGCACUGAUUUCUUCGCCUCUGGAUUCCAGCACACCUGAGGUUCCCCAGGCUCCUAAAGCAUCUUUCGUUAGCAGACUGAGAGAUACAGCUUCAAGCCUGUCUCCAUUUGCCUUGAGCAGGUCGUUCGAGUAUAAGCGUGCUGUUGUGGCGUCGGCUAACAACAAAACUGUAGAGAUUUCGCAGACGGUCACACAUCCAGGAAUGACCGCUGGCAAAGGAUUAGAUGAGACUGACCAGCCAACGUCAGCGGUACAACAGGUUGUUGAAAUGAGCUCCACUCAUGCAACAGUUGAAGAGGAUGAAAGCAAACAGAAGCAAGGGGAAAAAGUUGUCGACACACGAGAAACGUAUUAUGAGUCCCAGGAAUCAGAAAUUGAUGAGGGGUCGAUCCUUGAUAAGCUGGUUCAUUAUGAGUCACAACAGUCUGAGAUAGAGGAGGUGGAAGCUGAUAAGCAGAAACUUGUUCACUAUGAGUCCCAGCAUGACACUGAGGAAGAGUCCCAGGUUGAGACAGAAGAUGACUCCCACGUUGAGAUGGAGAAUGAGGUGGAGGAAGAGUCACAUGGUGUGGUGGCGAAAAAGACCCAUGUUGAAGAAGCAGAAGAAGAAGAGGAAGAGUCAUGUGAUGUGGUGGGGAAAAGGACCUAUGUUGAGGAAGAAGAGUCCCAGGUCGAGACAGAAGAAGAGUCACAUGAUGUGGUGAAGAAAAAGACCUAUGUUGAGGAAGAAGAGUCCCAGGAUGAGACAGAAGAAGAGUCACAUGAUGUGGUGGAGAAAAAGACCUAUGUUGAGGAAGAAGAGUCCCAGGACGAGACAGAAGAGGAGUCACAUGCAGUGGUCGAGAAAAAGACCUAUGUUGAGGAAGAAGAGUCCCAGGACGAGACAGAAGAGGAGUCACAUGAAGUGGUGAAGAAAAAGACCUAUGUUGAGGAAGAAGAGUCCCAGGACGAGACAGAAGAGGAAUCACAUGCAGUGGUGGAGAAAAAGACCUAUGUUGAGGAAGAAGAGUCCCAGGUCGAGACAGAGAAUGACUCCCAGGUGGAGUCUCAGGUUGAGUCCCAAAUUGAAACAGAAGAUGAAUCCCUGCUUGAGAUUGAAAACAAGACAGAUGAUGGUACUGCUGAAAUAUCCAAUAUCACUAUGGAUACAAGGGAGUUUGUUUCAUCCGAAAGAAAUGUAACCGUCCACUAUGAGUCACAAGAGUCGGAAUUGUUAACAGAGGAAGAAGAUGAUGGUUCCUGUGUGGUGAAUGGUGUUGAAGAGGAAGGCAGUGAAGCCAAAGAAGGGGACGUAGGGAAAGGAAAAGAACAUUAUCUUGAACAGCAUGUCGUUUGUGAUUAUGUCAAAGAACACCGUUUCACAGUCAACAACAAAGAGACUGACGACUCCUCACAAGAGCCCAUCCGAUCGAAAGGUGAAGACGAAGAAGAAGAAGAGGAGGAGGAAGAAACAAGGGGAAGGGUGUUGACUAGAAGACAAGCGGCAGCUGCAGCAACGAAAGGGUCGUCGUUGAGAGCAAAGAGAACAACAACAACAACAACAACGACAACAACGACAAGGAAAUCGAUGCUGGGUAAGAGAGGCGCCGAGAAAGUACUAGAAGAUACUCCCUACGACUUGGAGCCGCCAAAGAAGAUCUUCACCGAGGUGAUGGAUGAGGAUGAAACGAUGGAGAUGGCAGACAAGGACGAAGAGGCGAACGCCCUCUUUGACUCGUAUUACUCUGGCUACGGACUACGCUGCACCAUCCUCUGAUAACUCUAUGCUCCCCCUGCUGUUUACAUCUCAGCUCCCCCUGCUGUUUACAUCUCAGCUCCCCUAAGACGCUGUUGGUAGAAACUGCCUUCCCCACUCUCCCAUCUGAUGCCUCGUUCCUCGGAGGUACCAAGUUCCAUAAAAUCCAUUUUUAUCUUUUUUGUCCCCCCCCCCUCUCGACAGACACCAAGGCAACAGCUGCAUCAUAAAAUUUCCUCUCCCCUUUUUUUUAUUGUAAUUAAAAUUAUUUUUUUUUAGAUGCAAGUAUGUGCGUUUGUGUGUAUGUGUGUGUGUGUGUGCAAGUGCGUGCACACACAUGUAGGGUUUAAUUUGUCGUCAUUCCUUACUCUUUCUCCAUGAAAUGCCCUACAGCCACUACCAUCAUGCACCCUCUGCACACACAAACACACACUCAUAUGCACACAUGGCCUGUGUAUGCAAAUAUGCACAUGUAUGCAUAUACAAAUAUUCAUACUUUGACAUGUUCAUGUGCGCUUGCUUGCUUGCAUGGAUGCACAUAUACACUUAGGUACACAUACAAAUAUAGACAUAGCUGCACUCCAACAUGCACACACACAUACACGUAUGAAUUCUAUAACACAUACACAUACAUCUAUGGACACAUGCAUGCAUAUACAAGUACUCAUAGUUUGAUACGUUUGUGAAAGCUCACUGACAUGAAUGCAUAUGUGCACGUGUGCACACAUGCAAAUAUAAAUACAGCCACUCCUUAACAUGUCCACACAUGCAUACAUGUAUUCUUUAAGAUGCAUGCAUAUACAAACAAGCAUACUUCAACAUGGUCACACCUCAACAUGAACACACACACACACACAUUCUUUAACACACACACGUAUGACCACAUGCAUGCACUUAAACACCCAUACAAUUAUAAAUACAGUCACAUCUCAACAUGUGCACACAUGCAUGCAUAUACAAACAUGCAUACUUCAACAUGGUCAAGCAUAUUUGCUCGCAUUGCACGCACUCAAGCGCACAUACAAUUAUCACACAGUUGCACCUCAACAUGUACAUACAGACACCAUGUUUCUCAGGUGCAUAGAUACAUGCAUAUGUUUUAGACACAGAAACAUUAUACACACAGCAAGCUGUGCGUAUACUUCACUCAUAUUCCUUCCUAAAUUUUGCAUUGCAGCAUCCUUUAACAAUAAACAUCCCUUGUCUGAUGAGGGAGUUUUGACCCCUCCCCCCGACAAGCCAGCUUUAGGGGGGGGGGAUCUGCCUGUGUGUUUUUUUGUUUUUUUUUUUCGUCCUCCACCUUUCUGCUCGCCUUUCCAUGUCUCCUCCUGAAAUGUUGUCUGCUGGCAUUUCGGCAUUUCACACAUGUGUGGAUAUCAUCAGAAUGUGCCAAGAAAGACAUUUUAUUAAAAGAACUCUUUUUUUUUUUUUUUCUCCCUUCUUUUUUUUGGGGGGGUAGGGGAAGGAAGUGUCCUGAACAACCGAAACAAAAAAACAAGGAACGCCUACGAGAAAGUUUUCAUCAUUGUUACCCAUUUAUACUCUUCCUUGUUGUUGUCAUUACUAACACUACUACCACCACCACCACCACCACCACUACUACUACUGAUGCCACCACUAUCAUUGACAACAUUAAUACCAUUGACAUGAUCACUAAAGCAAAUCAUAUAUAUAUAUAUAUAUACAUACAUACACUCACAUAUAUAUGUCCACACAUAUAUGUAUUUGUAUAUAUAUAUACGUAUGUGUACAUAUAUAUUUUUAUAUACAUGUGUGUGUGUGUGUGUGUGUGUACAUAUAUGUAUGUGAACAUAUGUGUACUUGCAUAUAUAUUUGUGUGUAUGUGCACGUGUAUUUGCAUAUAUGUGCACACACAUAUAUAUAUACAUACAUACAUACAUACAUUCUCACAUAUAUGAGGUUGAGCCAAAAUGUUAAUUUGUCUUUUUUGAUGGAAAAUUAGACAUAAAUUUUAAGCAUUAAGCAAUUUAUUUAAUCAGUGAUAUAAUUACUUCUGCUAGUUUUGGGGCAAAUCCAUUGUUUGCUGCUCAGAGUUUCCCGUCUUUAUUGGUAAAGAACUCUACUGGGAGAAUUUCUUUAGAUCCACGGCAGAGAUGGAAGUCUAUCUAUUCAGUAAAUUUCAAAGAAACUGAGAAAGGCAGAAAUCUGAAGAUGCUAGGUUGGGCAAAUAUUGGCAAGUGUGAGAAAACUUCCAAGCCAAACCACCCCAAAACAUCUGCAAAGAAGUGUGCCGUCUGGCAUUGUUGUGAUGGAAGACAAUACUCUUAUGAUUAGUAAGUUCCGGAUGCUUCUGGUGGAUUGUAAUGUUUAAUUUGUGGAGCUGGUCACAGGACACAUCUGAAUUGAUGAUCUCGUUUGUGGGAAGAAGAUCAUAAAAGCCAACACCCUUCCAUUCCCAACAGAUUGACAGCAUAAUGUUCUUUUCAGUUGAGUACUCCUUGGAGGUUGUUUGUGGUUGUUCUCCACAUUUUUACUUCACAUUGUUGUACACGAUCCAUUUUUCUUCCCCGAAUGCCAUUCUCUUCAAAAAACAGGAUCAUUUACUUCAUGCAUCUGCUACAAAUCGCAGAUGGCCAUUUGUUGGGCUGCAUCCUCCUCAUCCAAUCGAUGUGGAACUCAAACAUCCAAGCCUUGCAGACAUAACCAACUCAAUGUAGAUGGCUUUCAACACUCGAUUCGAAUAUUUAGAGAAUAUCUGUGAUGAGCCUAGUUAUAUAACAGGGCUUCGUCUCAGGUAACUUCUUUGUUGCUGUUAAUCAUAGUUGGCCAGCCAGAAAUGAUGUACAUCUUCAAUGGGAAAAUUUCCCCAUCAAAAUCUUGCAAACCAGUUCUAUCACAUAACAGCAUCCUCUCUGUACAACAGCACAUGUCUUCCUAAAGGCUCUCAUUGCUUUUGUGCAUGACAUAUUGAUCAUGUUUGCAUGCUUGAGAUCAACCUGGAAAUGCAGAACCAAAGCAAAAUACAACCUGUUCUGUUCUGUCCCCGAGUUCAUGUUGAACUAUGUUAGUGUGCCAAGUAUCUCUUUAGUGUACGUGUCCAUAAGAAAAGGAAAGCAAACUGUGUUGGGGUAUUAAACGAGUACACAUGCGCAAAGGAAAAACAGCAAACGUUUUGGCCAACCCUAUAUAUAUACAUAUAUAUAUAUGUACGUCUGUAUAAGUUUGAGUAUGUAUAUACACACAUACACAUAUACCCCUACGCAUUAAUACCAAUCUUUUUGCUUUGGUUAAAGCUUUUUAAUUUUAAUUUUUUUUUAAUUGCUUAUUUUGUCGUCU